AUGUCAGAUCCAACCACCGCAGAAAGGGCGCCGCCAACGCCCUCAGCGCCCAACAUUCCUACUCAGGCCUCGCGACACGGGAAUCCCCUGAUCUCUGUCCUCCUCAACGAAGCUGGUCUAGACUCCCCGACCUUUCGCAGCAAUGCCCUACACUUCGCCGAGCAGGUCGACGCCAUUGAGCGCUGGCUCGAGGGCUACUCGCGCACCGCCGCCAGGUUGUCACACGACAUGCUGGGCCUCGAGGCCGUCGUCAAUGAUUACCUCGCCAAGGUCAUCCCACCACAGAAUGUCGUCUCCCUCGAUCAUGACUAUACCGCCCUGGCCCUGAAGAGGAUAUCCGAAGGUAGUCGGGAAUGGUGGACACAUAUUUUGGGCCUCGCCAAGAAGAUGGACACGAUGAGCGCCGAGCCGAUACGAAACUUUCUACAGAAUGAUCUACGGACCUUCAAGGAGACGAGACGAAACCUCGACCAGACCCAAAAAACCUUUGAUUCUACCCUCGCCCGGUACCUGGGGUUGAGCAAAGCAAAGGAGCCGAGCGCAAUCAGGGAGGAAGCAUUCAGCGUAUAUGAGACUAGAAAGGCCUACCUUAAGGCAUCCAUGGACUUUUGUCAGAUGGCGCCGCAAUUGAGGUUUACGCUCGACAAAUUACUGGUUCGAGUCUCGACCGACAUUUGGCGCGAGAUGAAGAGGUCCAAGGAUACGGCAGGGAGCUUUGGCAAAUGGGGCCAGCAGAUGGAUCGCGUCAGGGGCUGGUCGAAAGAAAUGGAGUUGACAGAGUCAACCUUCAAGCGUGAACUCCAAGCAGCAAGGCGCGAGGUUGGCGAGAGCUCGGUUGUAGCUUUCAAGCCAUCACGAGAACUUGAUGCAUACAGCGCCAGCACAGUACCAUUCCUGGGUUCCAAGGGCCCUUUAAGUGUCAACACCGACGAGAAGGCUGGCGUCUACUCUGAAAAGCAAGGCUGGCUCUACCUCAGGACUAUGACGGGCAAGCCAGUGCGCACUACUUGGAUUCGCAGGUGGUAUUAUUGCCGCGAUGGCAUCUUUGGCUGGCUAGUGAGCGGACCACAAGGUGUCUUGACUGGAGAUGAGAUUGGUGUCCUGCUUUGCAACGCAAAGCCUGCCAUCAGCGAAGAGCGCCGUUUCUGCUUCGAGGUCAAGACCAAGAAUCAAACUCUUAUGCUGCAAGCUGAAACUCAAUCAGAGCUCAUGGGGUGGCUAGAGGUAUUUGAAGUGGCCAAGAAGAAGGCAUUCGAGGCAAGCGUUGGACGGGAUACAUCCUCCUUGCCUGGUGGUGUUGAUCCUGCCUUUGCCAUUACUCCUCCCUCGAUGCCCGAAUUUUCCGCCAAAACAAUGGACGCGCAGCUCGGGCUAGAAGAACCUGGACCAGCCUUUGAGAAGACCAACACGCUGCCAAUCCCUGGCCAAGAGAACAGCGGCAUCCCUCGGGCUAGCUUUGAUGUCAUCUCAAGCGGUCCAAGGCGUUCGGCAACGGCGCUAGGCCGUGAAGAAGGAGAGAGUGGGCGCGAUCAUGCUGCCAGGAUAAUGCAAAAGCUUGACUUGCAUCGCAAAGCCAACUUCUCCUCGACCACAGACGUCAGUGCGGGUAUGCCAUCACCCGGUCCGUCUGGUGGUAUUGCGAGUCUCAUUUCUGCCAGUCAUGGUCUCUUGCCUGGGUAUCCCUCACCCAUUAUAGGCCAAAUGGCGUCGAGGCCGCAGCAGCAACAGCAACAGCAAACACCCACAUUAUCAGGUCCAGAGCCACAGGCAGGCAGUCUCGCGCCCGCCACUCUGGCAAGUCCGCCAGCACCCACGAGUCUUAGUAAGACUGCGGUUGUAUAUAGCAGUGACCGCACUCUGACCAAUGAUACGGGCCCGGGUCUUCCCACUGCCAUCAUGGCCAACUACUGGGGAAGCAAUGCAUGGGCUCAAGAAUACGCCCCGAAGCCAGUCAAGACGGAAUUCAACCCCGAUGAUCCCUUUGGACCCAACUCGCCGUCGAUCAAAAUGACCAUGACCAACGAGCUUGGCGAGCUCAAAGCCUCUACUCCGACUCACAAGAAGGCCAUUAGCAUGGACGCCAAGAUUUUGCAUCCUGCAAACAUCAAGGAAAAGUCCACGCAGGAGCAAUUCCCUCCUGGCUAUCCUCUAGAACUCAAGACGAAUACUGCACAAUUCAGGCUUGUUUUCCCAAAUGUUCCAUUGGAUGAGAAACUAGUCCUGGUUUUCAGAGCGUCCUGGACCACGAGCACUUCUGAGCGAAGCCGAGAUUCGCCUGGAAUGGCUGGCAAUGGGCGUAUCUACGUUACACCUGAUAACAUGUACUUCUACGGACAUCAGAUGGGACUUGUGGUAGCCUAUGCUAUCCCUCUGGACACCAUUACAGAAGUGACGGCUGCACCAGGAAGGGACUGCGAUUUCAUCUUUCUGCAUCUGAACCAAGAUGCACCUGAUGUUCAGUACAGCAGGAUAUCCAUCAAGACGUUUUUGGAGGAUAUGGACCUCCUUCACGCCCGUCUGAAUUUGCUAGUCGACGACUUGCAGGCAGAAGAGCCCAUGGAGGUCAUGGAUCUCAUCAAGGCCUUGAUCAACUUUGAGAACGAAGAGUAUGAUAGGAGAAGCCCGAGCGCCGGAAGCUGGGAAGAGGUCUCGGCCAACACGCCUGUUGACAAUAACACCUUGGCCGGGCGGGCUGUAAGUCCCAGAGCAGAUUUGUACGCAAAAUCUCGUGCUCGUGGUGCCAUGCGCAAACCUGCACCCAAGCUUCAGUUGCCAGCGCAUCCCGUGCACUACGAGCCUGAAGAUAUGCAGAGAAAAGUGGCUGAGCGCACCUUUGAGAUCAGCGCCAAGGCCUGUUUCCACGUCUUGUUUGGAGACAAGAGUUUUGUCUUUCCCAAACUCUAUUUUGAGCGAAGAGCAAAGCAAAUUGCUCAAGGCCCUUGGACAGUGGGUGACGCAGGGCGUCUGCAGCGAUUGUUCAACUUCAAAGUCAAGUACGGCACAAUGUUCGGUCAAGCUCGCGAGGAAGACAUCACGGAUCAGCAGACUGUUGAAGUAUUCAGCGACCACGUUACGUACGUUGUCACUCAUGUCAAGACACCCUGGCAUCUUCCGCACGCGGGAGCCUUCAAGCUGGUGACCAAGAUUGUCAUUACACACAUUGCAAAAUCAAAGUGCAAGCUCGCCAUCUUCACCAAGGUGGCAUGGUCAAAGGCUGUCCUGUCCAAGAACAUUGUCGAGCGUCAGGCGCUUGAUGAUGCCGACAUGGACGCCGAGGAGUUGGCAGAGGUGGCCACUGACCAGGUCCGCAAGAUUGGACCGCACAGUCGCACGAAGCGAGCGAUUCAAAUCUAUGGCAAUAUCGGCCAGCAGACACAAGUAGUGCUCUUUUCACCAGCGGACACUGAAAAGACAAGGAAGACACACAUCCGGCCCCACAGCCUUACUUCCAUGCUUUUCGAUACUGUCAGAUCCUUUGCGGAAUCUGCACUCACCUCAAUUAUCAUGUUUGCAUUUGCUGGACUGAAGAAACUCUGGGACGUGGUGACUGCGCAGCGUAUUCUCCUCGCUGUCCUGGCAUUCAGCUUCAUAGUCAACAUUGUGUUUUCGUCUCAAGGUGCUUCGACAUGGUGGAGCGAGCGCAAGGCAGCAGGCUUCAUGCAACGACUGGGAGUAGGACCAAACGUCAUGAUGAGCAAGGCCAUUUACCUGAGGGACUUGGAUGAGGCGGCCCGUUUCUCUUCGCUGGAUAAUUCGUGGCCCGCCGAGGACAGCUCUUGCUACGCCACAUUCCAGUCAAUUGCAAACAGUACCGAUAUCGAUGCUCCAUACGAAGGUGCGGGGGCUACAUUGUCGUCCGCCUCCAGCCGUGCGACGGCAAGGAGACUGAGACGCUCGAGACAGCGUCUCGGUACUUACCGCCACGAUCUGCUUGUCGCCAUGCGCAUGGUCAAUAGCGUCGAGCGGGAAAUGAUCCAGGGCGAGUGGGAGAACUGGCUGAUUGACGAGAACUACCGGUGUGAACAGGUGGCGGGUGUCUUGAGGCUGUGGAACACGACGGCUUCCGACGAUAAGACGGCGGGCAAGGGAGGCUCCGUGGUGGCAGUGGAUAGUGAGCUGCAGCAAAAGAUUCUUCAAGAAAAGGAUGAGCGCAAAAAGGAGACAUUGAUGAGUUGGUAUACAGAUUACUGCGGCAGCUGCAAACAGGAUAAGGAUGAUUUGAUGAGGGAUAGGGAACGUCUUAGCCUGGCUUAG